CAGUGAAAAAGAUAUCAUAGACCACUGUGGCAAGGUUCUCUCUCUAAUGUGGUCAUCAUAUCCUCGUAACAGAAACUGUACUAACAUCUUUUCCUACUACUUUCUCACCUCUAUCUGCCUCCAACAACAAGCCCCACAAACAGAUAACCAAUGGACGAAGUCUGGAAAGACAUCAGCCUCUCCUCUCUCCCCCACUCAACAACCACCACUACCAGCACUGCCGGUGCCUCCACCACCCAUCACCCUUUUAACAAUAUGGCCCUGCAAGACUUCUUUCCUAGCCCGCUCAGAGAAGACCAACCAACUAGGGUUCACAACUCUCGUGGCCAUAGAGCUUCUUCAUCCGGAUGUGGUGCCUUUGACUCGUUUAGCUCUCAGGCACCACCUCCGGCCACUAUCUUGAGCUUGAACUCAGUGCCGGAGUUUCAUAAUUACCUUGAAAGAGAUCAUGCCUUCUUGGAAACAUCCGCUUCUGUCUCUUCCUUGAACUCUUCUAUUGCUGCUUUGACCUCUUCUACUGUUGCAGUUCCUUCUUCGCGCAAGAAAAGGGCUCCGGUAAUUGGAGACGACACCGGUGAUCGGAGACACAAGCGCAUGAUAAAGAAUAGAGAAUCAGCUUCGAGGUCCAGAGCUAGAAAACAGGUCCCCCACCCACCUCCUUCUCCUCCUUUCUCUCUCUCUGCAUCAAAGCACAAAGUCUACAAGUUAGAAACAACGUUUUUAAAGCUAGGUUGUUGAUUUCUUUUCUUUUACAUAAUAGUGUUCCCAAAAUUAUCGUACUAUUGAACGAGAUCUUGUCGGAAUUUAAAAGAAAUUAGAUAUAUGAAAUCUUGUAUAGUAAGAAAAAUAAUUGUUUUUAUUCGAACUCGUGACUUUCAAAUUACAAUAAAAUAAUUUUAUCGUUGCAUUAAGGGUGCUCUCUAACAAAAAAAAAUAAAAUUAAUUACAUGACAAUCAUGAAAUUUGAUAUAUUCUUCUACUAAGUUCUUCUUUUGGGGGACCCUUCUUCUACGAAGUCCUCCUUUUGGGGACUUCUUCUACGAAGUCCUCCUUUUGGGGAACCCUUGUGAGUUGUGACUAUUCUGCAGGCUUACACAACUGAAUUGGAGCUUGAAGUAGCACAUUUAACGGAAGAGAAUGCCAAGCUCAGAAGAGAACAAGAAAAGUUCUAUUCUGCAACUCCUGCU